AUGAUGGGAAACGAUCAGAUACCAGACUGGUGUAUCAAAAUGGCCAACUCCGGAGCAAAGGAAAAGGAAAAAGCCAGAGAACAACAGAUCAGGACACAACUCGCACAACUCGCACAACUCCAAGCACAAAUCGAAGAACGACGCGAAGCUUCCACACCCUCCCGAAUCCCUGAACAAAUAUUUCUCAAACCACUGCAUGCGGACCCAGCCCACCACCUCGAACUUCUGUCCGUCCUCAUGUUCCGCACACGUUUUUCGGAAAUACCUAUGCAUGAGCAGAAUCUGCAUACCAAGGGACUUAUGGGAGUUCCUCUGCUUGAGAUGUUUGGGAAAAUGUAUUUGGAGCGGAUUUGUUGGGAGUAUGGGGUUGAGUUUGGCAAGUUACAGUCGCUUGUUGAUGAGCUGUGGGUAUCGAAGGUGUUUUCGCCGAUGUCGUGUUGGAUGAAGGAACUACGCAGGUAUACGGAUGAGGAUGUGGAGAGCGAUAGGUUUAGAAAGGCGGUUGGGUUAUGGGAUUCUAGGAUAUACAAGGCUAGUAGUGGUGAUGAGGUGGGAAAAUUCACUACAGCGCAAAGCAGGACUUUGCAAUGGCUCGAUACCCAAACAAAAUCUAAUGUUCCGGAUCAACAACAACAACCGAAUAGACAACUUGUCUCGCCGCCAAAACCAAAACCAAAGCUAUCUUUGCAAAAUGCUUCUGGAGCUGGACCGAAAGCUGCCCCUACUGGUAGCCACAAACAACUUCCUCCGAAGAGUUCUAUGUCGAAAAUUGUCUCUGGUUUCUCCCGGCAUGGCGGUCCAAAGAAUAUCUAUAACCCAUCAGUCUUACGCCGACCAAAAGCCCCACUCGUCCCGAGCCAUAUUUCAACACAACCCCAAUCUACACACCGUCAAUACAGCGCUAGAUUAAGAUCUGGGACUGCUAAUAGUAGCAAGCAAGAUACUACGAACCGUCAUCUGUCAGUCUCCACGUCGGACGUAUCUCGAACUGGAUCAUCGGGAAGUUUUAAACAUCCUCAAUCUAAACACAAUAAUUCUGCGGUUGAGUCUAGACCUGGAAUUGUGUCAGCUGAUAGCCACAGACCAGAUACUAUAAAUAGUCAUUCGUCGAAUGUUACUUUUGAUGCAUGUUUCGAUGGAGAACCUAUGGAUAUUGACAUGGCACCACAUACAAACCGAGCAAACGCCUCACUCGUACCUAGUCACAAUUCAGCAGGAUCAACACAAAGUAAUGUCAAGUUGGGAUCCAAAUCUGGAUCUGGAGUUGCUAGGAGUAGUCGAAGAGAUCAUGCGCAUAGUCGUUCGUCGGCUGUUACCUCUGCUAUCCAUGAUAUGAGGAGCAAGCGUUCGGGAAUUGUCAAAAGAUUGCGCAGAUCCCGUCGUUCGCUCUCUGGUAAAAAAAAUUGUGGCGGCAGUGUUGAGGGAUUAGGAGUUUCUACGAUGAAGGAAGCAGAAGUAUUGAAUUCAGACAGAGCUGUGUCCAUCUCCACUGUUCAGGAUGUUUGGGAAUCACUUUUCUUGUGUUUGGGCCAGCCAUCUUUAGGAUUGAUCGCUUUUGGUUGGGAUGGCUGGCAUGUGUGA